AUGGGAGUAAGAUCGCUCAAUGCGUGGAAUUUCCGCUCUCCAUGGCCGUUUGUGAAAAAAGGUGCAUAUGGUCAAAGAAAAAUUGGACCAUUCAAUUAUGAGAAGUGGAAGUGGCCUGGUCAGAAUCGCGAAUUUCCGGAGUUGUCACCGAAAUGGCACAAGGAGAACCCUGAACAGCUACACAAGUAUACUGGAACACAUGACGAAGGAUAUGUCGAUCCUGUUACUGGGAAAUUUGUCGUAGUUUCGGAAAUGCAAGCAAAGCUUGUUGUGCCAAAUCUAGAUGGAUUCAAAAGAGAAAAGCGGAUCUAUGAGGCCAAGGUAAAAGAGAAGGGUUCCAAGGCUUUGGCGGACCUCUACACCCUAGAGGACGAGCGGUGGCCACCACCUAAAAUGGACCCCGAAACGUUGUUUGAAUUGUCCUAUGGAGAGCAAAUACGACAGGCUUACAAGGAAGGAAGGUAUGGAUCUGUGGAGCCUGUGGAGAAAAAAAAAGAGGAUGAAAAUCUUGAGAAAUCGAUUAAUUCCAAUGGAAAUGACUAUUUAAAUAUUACCAUAUUUAGUAUGUCAUCGAAAACUGCUCUUCUGAUACUUGCUGAUGGUGCUGAAGAAAUGGAGGCGAUAAUCACAGCCGAUGUGUUGAGGAGAGGUGGAGUUGAGGUGGUAACAAUAGCUGGCUUGAAUGGGCCUGGUGUUGUGACAUGUGCAAGAAAAACAAUGGUCACACCUGAUCGUGCUCUGAACGAUGUGCUCUCGACGACAUAUGAUGUGGUUAUCCUCCCAGGAGGACAGCCUGGUAGCAACACGCUAGCUGCGAGCCCUGUUGUUGGACAAGUGAUGAAAGCUCACCAUAGUGCUGGUAAAUACGUGGCAGCCAUCUGUGCAGCUCCAAUUACGCUGAAAUCGCAUGGAAUUCCGGCCGCGUUGGUAACAAGUCAUCCGUCUGUAAAGUCGCAGCUGGAAGAAGGAGGCUACAAAUACAGCGAAGAUCGUGUGGUGGUGUCCGAUCGAGUGAUAACAAGCCGUGGCCCUGGAACAGCGUUCGAGUUCGCGCUGAAGCUCGUCGAACUGCUGGUUGGUGGUGAAAAGUCCAAGAGUUUGAUCGCUCCGAUGCUUGUAAAGCUGUAG